GAAAAUGACCAAAAAAGAGUUGGUAGCUCGCACCUUUAUUUGAGGAGUCAGAUCGUGCUGUCGGAGCUAACAACCAUCGUACAUUGAUUGUAGUUGACCACAGCCACAGGAUGAUGUUCACACGACGACUCACUGGGCGGCACGUGAUUGUUCCCUCCUCGCCUGAUUGCGAUAGUGAUAGGCAUCAUGGUGAAAACAAAUAUGCCAGCGAGGACUCAGAUCGAAAACAAGCUGUAGAAGAGGGAGAUGCCGAUGGCUUGUUUCUCCAACGCCUUGUUUUGGUGAAGCAAAAACGACACGACCUUGCGGCUGGAGAAUACAUCAGCACGUUUCUUUCUGUGCCUGUCCUGCAGGAACGAUGGGAAAAAUAUAGGAGUUUGAUCAUCGCCGAAUCCGAGAAACUUGGGACGAGUUCAAGCAAAAGUGCAGCUAAUGAUAAAGAAAUGCAUUCACCAAAGAAAUCGAAGAUUCCAGGUUGA